UGCAGGAUUCUUUAGAUCUCACAACAUGGCCGGUGCUGGUGUGGAGUUAGUAGCUCUUGGUGACUUGCCAAUGGAUGAACGUGAUACUGGGGAUGACGAGCAAUCUCCAAUCGAUCAGGUGGCAAUGACAGUAAGCACAAGUGAUGAUCCAGCGGUUCCGGUUUGGACUUUUAGAAUGUGGACAAUCGGCCUUUUCUUUUGUAUAGUGCUUUCCUUCGUCAACCAGUUCUUCUACUACAGAAAAGAGCCACUGACAGUUUCAGCGCUCUCUGGCCAGAUCUUGGCUGUUGCGAUUGGUCGCCUUAUGGCUGCAACGCUUCCAAAGACAGUUUAUCGGCUGCCUCUCACAAACUUUCACUUCACUCUGAACCCGGGGCCAUUUAACAAGAAGGAACACGUUCUUAUCACUGUCUUCGCAAACUCGGGCUUUGCAUUUGGCAAUGGAACCUCUUAUGGAGUCUCCAUUGUUGACAUUAUCAAAGCGUUUUACAAGAGGAAAAUUUACUUCCAUGCAGCUCUCCUGCUCGUUAUUACGACUCAGGUGCUUGGGUAUGGAUGGGCGGGACUGCUUCGAAAGCAUUUGGUUGAGCCCGCAAAUAUGUGGUGGCCUGCAAAUCUCGUUCAAGUCUCACUUUUCGAGACUCUACACGAGAAGGAGAGCAAGAAGGGCUUAUCGCGUCUUAAGUUUUUUCUUAUUGUUCUGGCAGUCAGCUUUGCUUACUAUAUUAUCCCCGGUUAUAUGUUCACGGCACUCACCUCAGUGUCAUGGGUAUGCUGGGCCUUUCCACGUUCAGUAUUGGCACAGCAGCUUGGCUCUGGCUUAAAUGGUCUUGGACUUGGCUCGUUUGCCUUGGAUUGGUCCACAUUUCAAUCGUUUCUACAGAGCCCGCUAAUAACUCCAUGGGUUCCAAUUGCAAACGUGCUGGCUGGUUUUAUUAUUAUGGUUUAUAUCGUGAUUCCAGCGUUUUACUGGACAAACGUCUACGAUGCUAAGAAGUUUCCAAUCUUCAGUAGCAAGCUCUUCCAGGGGAAUGGAACGCCUUACAACGUCCACAAGAUUGUCAAUGAAAACUUCGAGAUUGACAUGGCUGCCUACAAAGAGCAAGGGGAGGUUCAUUUGAGCACCUUUUUCGCGAUGGCUUAUGGCCUUGGUUUUGCCAGCGUCGCUUCUGUGAUCACCCAUAUUAUUUGCUUUCAUGGAAAAGAGAUUUGGCAGAGAAGCAGAUCUGUUCUAAACGAGAAACCCGACAUUCAUACGCGGCUGAUGAAAAAGUAUCCAACAAUACCAUACAAAUGGUUUGUUGUUCUUAUGUUCUUAUCAAUCGCCGUUGCCGUCGGUACUUGCGUCGGUUUUAAGCACCAAUUGCAACUUCCGUGGUGGGGGGUUCUCCUGGCUUGCGCGCUCGCGAUCGUCUUCACCUUACCAAUUGGUAUUAUCACCGCUACAACCAACAUUACUCCAGGCUUGAACGUGAUCACCGAGUACAUAAUUGGAUAUAUGCUACCGGGCAAGCCAAUUGCCAACGUGUGCUUCAAGACUUACGGUUAUAUCAGCAUGACCCAGGCCAUCUCGUUCCUGCAAGACUUCAAGCUUGGCCAUUACAUGAAAGUCCCGCCGAGAUCAAUGUUUGCUGUCCAGGUCCUCGGCACCAUCGUAGCGGCAGUCGUGAACGUUGCCACGGCAUGGUGGAUGCUCACCAGCGUCGAAAACAUCUGCGACACGGACAAGCUCCCGGCGGACAGCCCCUGGACGUGCCCGAACGACAGCGUCUUCUACAGCGCCUCGGUCAUCUGGGGGCUCAUCGGCCCCAAGCGGAUCUUCGGCAGCCUAGGAAACUACUCGGAGCUCUCCUGGUUCUUCCUGGUGGGAGCUCUAGCUCCGGUCGUCCUGUGGCUGCUCACCAAGGCCUUCCCUCGCGCACGGUGGCUGAGCUACAUCAACCUCCCCGUGAUCUUGGGCGCCACCUCGAUGAUGCCCCCGGCCUCGGCCGUGAACUACAUCUCCUGGACCAGCGUCGGCCUCUUCUUCAACUAUUUCGUCUACACGUAUCGCAGGAGGUGGUGGCAGCGAUACAACUACGUUCUAUCGGCCGCGCUGGACGCCGGCGUCGCGUUCAUGGGCGUCUUGCUCUACUUCGCGCUCCAGAUGAACGGCACCAGCGUUACGUGGUGGGGGAACGAUAGUCACUGCCCGCUCGCGAGGUGUCCCACGUAUCCCGGGAUCGUCGUCCCGGGUUGCCCGGUCAUAUAGAUCUUUCUUCUUGGUAUUUAUUAUCUUUGCAUAGAAGAAGCACUCGAGCUUUUUUCUC